GAUCCUAUAUAACACGGGCACCAAAUACUCACUCCUCUUUCUCAAUCACUACUCCCUACCCACUUUCACUGCAAUAUUUGCCUUCAUUGCGUUUCCGCAUCAAGAGAAGGAAAUGUCGAACCCUAAGGUUUACUUCGACAUGACAGUCGGUGGACAGCCCGGAGGACGAAUCGUAAUGGAGCUUUAUGCCGACGUUGUUCCUCGUACCGCUGAGAACUUCAGAGCUCUCUGUACCGGAGAGAAAGGUAAGGGUAAGAGUAGUGGAAAACCCUUGCACUACAAGGGAUCUUGUUUCCACAGAGUGAUUCCUGGGUUUAUGUGCCAAGGAGGUGAUUUCACUUUCGGAAAUGGAACUGGAGGUGAAUCCAUCUACGGGAAAAAGUUCAAUGAUGAGAACUUUGUGAAGAAACAUACUGGACCCGGGAUCUUAUCCAUGGCUAACUCUGGACCUGGGACCAACGGAUCUCAGUUUUUCAUUUGUACUGAUAAGACUGAAUGGCUUGAUGGGAAGCAUGUUGUUUUUGGUCAAGUUGUGGAAGGUAUGGAUGUUGUUAGAGCUAUUGAGAAAGUUGGAUCUCAGAGUGGUAAGUGUAAGGUUCCUGUUGUUGUUGCUGACUGCGGUCAGCUGUGUUAGAUCGAACGAUCAACUUGUGUUCCCUAUUAAUAUUUCCCUAAUUACGUCAUUUGGGUUUCAUUUUGUUGUUGUUGUUUCUAUCCUGAACCUCUCUAAUGGAGCUAAAAAUCUUGUACUGCUACUACAUGUCUUAAAAAAUAAAUAUGGGGUUUUAUGAAUCGUA